AUGGUCGAUAUUGAGGUCCCUAACAGCUUUGUCUUGUCGACAUCGGAGGCUACUCCACAUCUGACUAUCAAUCAUGAUGUCGCCGACGAUCUAGACUCGAGCAAUGCCUUUGAGGGCCCGGAGAAGUUGCUCGAGGUCUGGUUCGCUCCCAGUCCCUCAGCGCUUCCCUCUGGAGCCAAGGAAAAUGGCCUGAUGGUUGUUCCAUCCCAGACUUGGAAGGAGAUGCUUCAGCUCGUCCACUGCGAGGUUCUGUCGGUUGUCUCCUCCGAGCAUAUGGACGCCUAUUUGCUGUCCGAGUCGAGCAUGUUCGUCUUCCCCCACAAGCUUAUCCUCAAGACUUGUGGCACUACCACCUUGCUCCUCGGACUUAGGCGGCUCUUGCGCAUUGCGGCUGUUGAAGCUGGCUUUCCCUUCCACAACGUUGCCGACAUCAAGGAUGAGGCUGCCAUGGCCUCGCCAUACCGCGUCUUCUACAGCCGCAAGAACUUCCUCUUCCCGGACAAACAGCGCGGCCCCCAUCGCAGCUGGAACGACGAGGUCAAGUUUCUCGACAACCUCUUUGAUGGCGGCAGCGCCUAUCUCGUUGGGAAGAUGAAUGGGGACCACUGGUACCUCUACAUCACUACUCCUGACCCGCAGCUUACUCCACCACGCACUCCGACCAGCAGCAAGGAAAACAGCCCUACCCGUCCUGCCAAAAUCCCCACGGGUAUCAUGUCUUCUUUCCCACAGAUCCGAGGCGGGGAGGACAACCAGGAUGAGACGCUGGAAAUUCUCAUGACCGACCUCGACCCUGAGAACGCCAAGCAGUUCUAUCUAUCGCAUGCGAGUGCGGUCGCACGCGAUCGGGUUCUGCAGGCUGAAGGGGCGAGGAAGGAAGCUUCGGACAUUCCUGAAGGCGACGCGGCUCCUGGGGUCGAAGGGCUCGACAAGAACGACGAGACUUUCGAUGUGUUCGCCAAUGGUGUCAAUGCUGAUGCUGAUCAAGACGCGCCUGCUGAACACACAUCGGAGGGCCACGCCCUCGGAACGGUUGUCUCGCAGAAUUGCGGCCUGUCCGAGGUGUACCCCACCUCCAAGUACCCGGACGCGCGCGUUGACGCUUACCUUUUCUCCCCGUGCGGGUUCUCUGCCAACGCCGUCAUUCCAGCCCCGGUGCAGGCUGACGCCGAGGUCAACGACGACGUCAAGAAGACCGCGGGUGCCACGCACUACUUCACCGUCCACGUGACUCCCGAGCCGAACUGCAGCUUCGCCUCCUUCGAGACCAACGUCCCAGGGGGCCAGAACGGCCGCGAGACGGGCGAGGUCAUCGAGCACGUUGUAAGCAUCUUCAAGCCGGGCCGGUUCAUCGUCACGCUGUUCGAGGCCAAGGGCGCCGGUGCGGUGCGGCCUCCCGAUCCGUACGGCCUGCGUAAGACCCGCAGCGAGGCUAUCCACGGGUACAGGCGCGUCGACCGCAUUGUCCAUCAAUUCGAUGAUUAUGACCUUGUCUUUGGGUUCUUCCAGAGGGAUGACUGGAUUGGAUUUGGGGGUGCGAGGGUUGGCGAGGAGUCUCCUCGCUCAUCGGUUUCCUUGGAGCUCUAG